UCAGUACAUGUAAGUGUGUGAGGCUAAAGUAAUAGAAUUAAUGGCAACUUCAGGGUUUAAGCAUUUGGUGGUUGUGAAGUUUAAGGAAGAUGCUAAGGUUGAUGAGAUCUUGAAGGGCUUGGAGAAUCUUGUUUCUCAGAUUGAUACUGUCAAAUCCUUUGAAUGGGGAGAAGAUAAAGAGAGUCACGAGAUGCUUAGACAAGGAUUUACUCACGCAUUUUCGAUGACCUUUGAGAACAAAGAUGGUUACGUUGCCUUUACAAGCCAUCCUCUUCACGUUGAAUUCUCCGCCGCUUUCACCGCCGUCAUCGACAAGAUUGUUCUCCUGGAUUUCCCGGUCGCCGCCGUCAAAUCUUCCGUUGUUGUAACACCGUGAAUCUUGUGUUCAUAUCAAACUUGUUUCCUAAUGUAAACGAGGUUGAGUUGUUUGGUUAUGUAACUCGGUUGGUUAAGUAUGUUUUGGUUGGACUUGUUUAUUUUCGGUUUGUGAUAAUAAGAAUCUGGUUUGGAUGGAACUUGGAAGUUUAUGAUUUCGAAAUAAGUGAAAAUGUUAAUAUAAUGUUUUCAUGUGA